AUGCGUUCAUUCGUUACCUGCACCGUCCUGGCCACCGUCGCCUCCAUGGCCGUCGCCCAGGUCCACCCUCGCUUCGAGUACCCCGAGUCCGUUCCCGCCGUUGAGAAGCGCCAGGAGCCCGGUACUCCCCGCUACCAGUGCCACGAGGACUGCGGUCUCCUCAUCACCCUCGGCCGCGAGGACGGCUUCUGCACCAACUCGGAGUGGAACGAGCGCUACGGCCGCUGCAUGACCUGCGCAAACACCUACUCCAUCUGGAUGUACUACUCCUCCGGCGUCACCUCCGCCGCCGCAAAGUGCGGUCUCUCCCCGACCCCCAGCCCCUCCGGAGGCGCCGUCGAGACCACCGCCGCCCCCGCCCCGGCCGCCACCACUACUGCGGCUCCCGCUCCCGUCCCCACCACCGAGACCUCCGCCGCCGCGCCCCCGGCUGAGUCUACCUCUGCUGCCGCCGAGUCCUCGGCCCCUGCUGCCUCUACUUCCGCCGCCGGUGCUCCCGCCACCACCCUCUCCACCGCUGCCUCCGGCUCUGCUUCCGCUUCCGCUUCCGCUUCCGCCUCCGCCUCCGGUGCCGCUACUACCUCUGGCGCUGCUUCCGGUACCUCCGCGGCUACCGUCACCCGCGUCACUUCCAUCGGAACCUCUGUCGUUAUUGUAUGUGUCGCCUGGGCCUGGUCUAUGAUGUAG